UCUCCUGCCAGGUUUGUGUGGGGCAGUAUGAAGUUGAAAAAGCAGGUGACAGUGUGCGGGGCUGCCAUCUUCUGUGUAGCAGUCUUCUCACUCUACCUGAUGCUCGACCGGGUGCAGCACGACCCUGCCAGACACCAGAACGGUGGGAACUUCCCCAGGAGCCAAAUUUCUGUGCUGCAGAACCGGAUCGAGCAGCUGGAACAGCUGUUGGAAGAAAACCAUGAGAUCAUUAGCCACAUCAAGGACUCUGUGCUGGAGCUGACAGCCAAUGCAGAGGGCCCGCCAGCCCUCCUGCCCUACCAUACAGCCAACGGCUCCUGGGCUGUGCUCCCAGAGCCCCGGCCCAGCUUCUUCGCUGUCUCCCCCCAAGACUGCCAGUUUGCUUUGGGGGGCAGGGGUCAGGAGCCAGAACUCCAGAUGUUAACUGUGUUUGAGGACUUGCCGUUUGACAAUGUGGAUGGUGGCGCGUGGAGGCAAGGUUUUGACAUCUCCUACAGCCCGAAUGACUGGGACGCUGAAGACCUGCAGGUGUUUGUGGUACCCCACUCUCACAAUGAUCCAGGCUGGAUCAAGACUUUUGACAAGUACUACUUGGAACAAACCCAACACAUACUUAACAGCAUGGUGUCCAAGCUGCAGGAAGACCCCCGACGACGCUUUCUCUGGGCAGAAGUCUCCUUCUUUGCCAAGUGGUGGGACAACAUCAGUGCCCAAAAAAAGGCAGCAGUUCGAAGGCUGGUGGGAAAUGGGCAGCUGGAGAUUGCAACAGGCGGGUGGGUGAUGCCAGAUGAGGCCAACUCCCAUUACUUUGCCUUGGUUGACCAACUCAUCGAAGGACACCAGUGGCUGGAGAGAAACCUGGGUGCAACUCCUCGUUCUGGCUGGGCAGUGGACCCCUUUGGGUACAGCUCCACCAUGCCUUACCUGCUGCGCCGUGCCAACCUGACCAGCAUGCUGAUUCAGAGGGUGCAUUAUGCCAUUAAGAAGCACUUUGCUGCCACUCACAGCCUGGAGUUCAUGUGGAGGCAGAUGUGGGAUACAGACUCCAGCACAGACAUCUUUUGCCACAUGAUGCCCUUCUACAGCUACGAUGUUCCACACACCUGUGGCCCUGAUCCUAAGAUCUGCUGCCAGUUUGAUUUCAAACGUCUGCCGGGUGGGCGCAUCAAUUGCCCUUGGAAGGUGCCACCCCGGGCUAUUACAGAGGCCAACGUGGCAGACAGGGCAGCCCUGCUCCUGGACCAGUACCGGAAGAAGUCCCGGCUUUUCCGGAGCAAUGUCCUCCUUGUGCCACUGGGCGAUGACUUCCGAUAUGACAAGCCUCAGGAGUGGGAUGCCCAGUUCUUCAACUACCAGCGGCUCUUUGACUUCCUCAACAGCAAGCCAGAGCUCCAUGUGCAGGCCCAGUUUGGGACCCUCUCUGAGUAUUUUGAUGCUCUCUAUAAGAGGACAGGAGUGGAGCCUGGUGCCCGGCCUUCAGGGUUUCCUGUGCUGAGCGGGGAUUUUUUCUCCUAUGCUGACCGGGAGGACCACUACUGGACAGGCUAUUAUACUUCCCGGCCUUUCUAUAAGAGCUUGGACCGAGUCCUAGAAGCCCACCUGCGUGGGGCAGAGGUUCUAUACAGCUUGGCUAUGGCUCAUGCCCGACGCUCUGGACUGUCUGGCCAGUACCCGCUGUCUGAUUUUGCUCUUCUGAUGGAAGCUCGGCGCACACUGGGGCUCUUCCAGCACCAUGAUGCCAUCACCGGAACUGCAAAGGAGGCGGUGGUAGUAGACUAUGGGGUCAGGCUGCUGCGGUCCUUGGUUAGCCUGAAGCAGGUCAUCAUCAAUGCUGCUCACUAUCUGGUGCUGGGCAACAAGAAGACCUACGAAUUUGACCCCGGGACACCCUUCCUCCAAAUGGAUGAGAGUCAUUUAAGUCACGAUGCCCUGCCAGAGCGCACAGUGAUCCAGCUGGAUUCCUCACCCAGGUUUGUGGUGCUCUUUAACCCGCUGGAACAGGAGCGGCUCAGUGUGGUGUCACUGCUGGUGAACUCCCCAAGGGUGCGAGUCCUUUCAGAGGAGGGUCAGCCCCUGUCUGUGCAGAUCAGUGUACACUGGGGCUCGGCCACUAACGUGCUCCCUGAUGUCUACCAGGUGUCCGUGCCCAUCCGCCUGCCAGCCCUGGGCCUGAGUGUGCUGCAGCUGCAGUCAGAUCUCGAUGGGCCCUACACACUGCCGUCCUCCGUAAGGCUCUACCUGAAUGGUGAGAAGCUGUCGGUCAGAAGGCAAGCAGCAUUCCCUCUCCAUGUCAUGGACUCCAGCACCAGUGACUUUACCAUCAGCAAUCACUACAUGCAGGUCUGGUUCUCCGGCCUUACUGGGCUCCUCAAGAGCAUCCGAAGGGUGGAUGAGGAGCACGAAGAGAAGAUGGACAUGAAGCUCUUCAUCUAUGGUACCCGGACAUCCAAAGAUAAGAGUGGUGCCUACCUCUUCCUGCCCGAUGGCGAGGCUCAGCCCUACGACCCCAAGAAGCCCCCUGUGCUGCGUGUCACCGAAGGCCCAUUCUUCUCAGAGGUGGUUGCGUAUUAUGAACACUUUCACCAAGUGGUUCGACUUUACAACCUGCCAGGGGUAGAGGGGUUGUCUCUGGACAUGGCAUUCCUGGUAGACAUCAGAGACUACGUGAACAAAGAGCUGGCCCUACGCAUCCACACGGACAUUGACAGCAAGGGCACCUUCUUCACAGACCUCAAUGGCUUUCAGGUACAGCCCCGGCGGUAUCUAAAGAAGUUGCCCCUGCAGGCUAACUUUUACCCCAUGCCAGUCAUGGCCUACAUCCAAGAUGCACAGAGGCGCCUCACGCUGCACACUGCACAGGCUCUGGGUGUCUCCAGCCUCAGUGAUGGCCAGCUGGAGGUGAUCUUGGACCGACGGCUAAUGCAGGAUGACAACCGGGGUCUGGGCCAAGGGCUCAAAGACAACAAGAUCACCUGCAACCGCUUCCGACUCCUGUUAGAACGGCGAACCAUGAGCCGUGAGGUCCAAGAUGAGCGUUCUACCAGCUACCCAUCCCUCCUCAGCCACCUGACCUCCAUGUACCUCAAUACACCUCCGCUCGCCUUGCCUGUGGCCAAAAAGCAGGUCACCAGCUCUACUCUGCGCUCUUUCCACCCUCUGGCUUCCUCGCUGCCCUGUGACUUCCACCUGCUCAAUCUGCGCACGAUCCCGGCUGAGGACACCUCGCCUUCAGCUGAUACCGCACUCAUCUUGCACCGCAAGGGUUUUGACUGUGGCCUUGAGGCCAAGAACUUGGGCUUCAAUUGUACCACAAGCCAAGGCAAGCUGGUCCUGGGAAGCCUCUUCCGUGGCCUGGAUGUGGUAUUCCUGCAGCCAACCUCAUUGACUUUGCUGUACCCUCUGGCCUCACCUUCCAAUAGCACUGACAUUUUCCUGGAGCCCAUGGAGAUUGGCACCUUCCGCCUCCGCUUGGGUUAGGUUAGGGCUUCUUGUGGCCUGAAGAGAAAGUUUAUCCACAGAGACCAUCUCUUUAUACCAAGAUCAGGUUGAACAAGCCAUACUGGUAUCACCUCCCAUUCUGCCUCUCAGACCUGUGACAAACUGGGCUCUGCCCUUCCAUUGUCUAUUGCUGCGUCUGUGUUUGGGAACCACCUGUCAGUGGUAAGCAGAUGCCAGUGAGACAGGGAGAGGAGGUUCUCUGGGUUGUGAGUAGGUGCCCAGCAGGGCACAGGCUCAGGCUCCCAUCCUUUUCCCGAAAUGGGAUGUAGGAAGAGUGGAAGCAAACAGAAGAGGUCAAGGAGGCUGAGAGAACAACCCAGUGCCAGGCAACUGCAGUUAUGAGCUAGCUCUAGGGGCCUAUGGUGACAUAGACCCCGCAUGCCCUGCUGUGAGGCACAGGAGCAGGAUGACUCUGGGAAAAGGGGCAUGGAGACUCAUUAUUAGUGGAAUAGAGGAGCGGAAUGGGUCCCCAGCUCUCCCAAGGGCCUAAGGCUUUGCUGCUUUCUGCUCUGCCUCUGCUUUUAGUCCCACUGGGCCUGUAUGCCCUGGCUAAUGACUGCUGGGUGACAGGAAGGACUGAGACUCUAAAUGAAGGCCAGAGAACACUUGAGGUGCCCAUACCCAUUCUACACUGGCCACUUGGUGAUGGCAGGCGUGGGAAGUGUCUUCCCGUCUGCUGCUUUAUGUCACAUACCACUCUCCUCACCAGUCCCCAUCACAAGGUUCCUGGCAAAGUUCCUUUCCCUAGAAAGGAAAUGGAGCUUCCAAGACGCCUGUGCUUGGGCAGCUUGGGAAACUGUCAUGCUGGGUCCAGUGGCAGGUGGAGGAGGUUCAUCUUUGUUCCAUCUGCAGAAAUAUUACCUUCCUGGUAUGUGGGAUGAAGGAGAUGGAGACAAAAUUAGGAGGCUGAAUGCUCCGAUGAGCCUUCAUUUUACCUUCAGUUAGUAGAGAAUUUGUCUAUAAAUGAUGAAAAGAGGGUUGGUAAAAGUGAAACUCCACCCCUUAUGAAAACUUAGUAAGCCAAGACUAGGAAGAAGCAUCACUCUAGUUAAAGGUCCCCGUCAUCAGUAACCUAUAGCACCCAAAGAACCAAACAGCACAGACACUCUCUUGAGAGUCAGAAACUAGCCUGGGGCAUGCUGUUACUAAGCAGGGUCCCCGUGUCACUAACCCCUGCAAUUCAGCAGAUGGCGACAAGGAAGAACCAUGACUGCCACUGUUUUUAAACCAUAAGCUACCUAAGAAACCAGUGUCGACUAAAGACUCAGCAAGGUGUUCUGUGAGUGGCCUGAGUGCUGUCCCUGCUCCUGUAAACACCGGUUCUUCCCAAAUCAGCCCAUAAAAAUCAGUGUAAUUCCA